AUGGGUUGUGAGUUAUAUGCCCUCCAGCUACCACCUAACGCUGUCCUGUCUUUGUUGCGGGCAGAUGACCUUCAGGUGGACAGCGAACAGAGUCUUUUCAAGGCUAUUGGAAGGUGGGUCAGUCCAUUGGGCAAUGUCGAUGAAGCACAAGUGGUGCACGCGGCAGCUAUGAUGAAGGAAAUGCGGUGGUAUCAAGUCGAUGCCGACUUCCGAUACCGGCUAGAUGAUGAGGAUGGCUGUUGGAAUACAAAUUUGGAAUGUUUGUAA